ACACACACCACACACUCACUUCAUCCGGUAAGUCACAGCAGACAGACAUGCCUACAUUACUCCCACACCUGAUAACUACUGCAGUCUCUCCAUCUCCUCCUAGCUUUGGGCCCUUUCAAGAAGCCAUGCUUCUCGCUUCACAAAAUAAUGAGAAAAAUAAUAAAUAUAUAAAUAAUAAAAAGGCGUCCUUCUGGUUGUCAGUGAGGUUGGAGGUCUGUUGAUCUGUUCUGCACUUUAUUCCGAUGCAACCAUCUCCUUACCCACCUUCCCGAUCAACCUUUCUCAACCCUAAUGACCUUUACCAAAUACCAAUCCCUGUAUCGGCGACCAUCCGCAAGUCCAAACUCUGCGUCCAUUAUAUAUAGUUCCAUCUCCCACUCCCACUCCCCCACUUGGAGCCACUCCUCAAAUUCAAAUCUUUCUUUCAGCUCAAUCUCUCAAAAAGAAAAAGAAAAGAAAAGGUAGAACUUGUGGAUUUCCCACUUCUCGAAUCACACAACCAACUGUGGAUUCUGUAGUCUUUUUUAUAGGUAAAAUGUUUUUGGUAGAAGCUGGUCUUUGAUUUUGUUUCUGUUAGAUCAGUGAUAGAACAACGAUGAAAAUCCCAUUUUUCCACCAAAUCCUACUUUCAUAUUUGAUUCUGGUUUUCAUUUCAUAGCCCCAGUUUCAGACUCUCUAUUUCCACUCCAAGAUCAAGAUCUGUUACCCCAACCCCCCCCCCCCCCCCCCACACACACACACACACACUCCAAUUUAUUCUCACUGCCACUCGAGCUGCUCCUCAAUGUUAAAUCUAGCUCAAUCUCUGUAACAAUCUUGAAAAUUCCACUUCUGAGCCAAAUCCCACGUUCGUAUUACACUUUCUUUUGCAUUUCAUGACCCCUUCCCUUGAGAACUCCCUCCCCAGAUCCAUAUCUGCCCCGUUCUCUCUCGUUGGAUGCCCAAAACUUUUUGAAAGCGAAGAUGGAUCUGACCCACGUACAUUCAAGAUCUCGACAAGUCAUUACUUGUGGCCAUCUCUAGCGAAACCCGUCAACCGUUCCGGCGAUUUGGUAAAGCCAAUGAAACGGUCAGUUCGCCCGCUAUUCAGCCUUCUUCUGCUCAUCGUCUUCGCCGCCACCGUGAGCUUCCGCACAUUGAUCCGCCGCAGUGUGGGCUUGGGCAGUAUUGAGGUUGACCCGAUCAAUGUGCUGGCGCAGACGCCGCCUCCAAUGCCGGUCUUCAACUCCACGUUGCUCCAAUACGCCGCGAUAGACCUCGGUGAAGCACGAGCAAAGAAAGAGAUAGCGCAGUUGUUGGAUGGAAACUUUGGUGGGCAGGGAAAGUACCGGACCUUUGCCACUUGGCGGAGGUUCAAUCACCACGAGGUGAAAGAGAGGUCUUCGAUUGGAUUGCCAUUGGGGCUGCGGUCGCCACAGUUUUAUCGGUAUUGGUUGGAUUUCAGGCGAUUAUUGGAUCAGUGGGCUCGAAAGAAGGCAUUUUUCCAGCCGGAAGUCAUGUCGGAGUUGAUAAGACUAGUGAAGCAUCCCAUCGAUAGGCACAACGGGUUAUUGGGUUCUGACCGCCGGUACUCGUCGUGUGCGGUCGUGGGGAACAGUGGGAUUUUGCUGAAUAGUGAUAAAGGGGAACUGAUCGAUAGCCACGAGAUUGUGAUAAGAUUGAACAAUGCCAGAACCAAUGGUUUUGAGCGCGAUGUGGGUUCGAAAACCAAUAUUUCGUUUGUAAAUAGCAACAUUUUGCAUUUUUGCGUGAGAAGACAAGGUUGUUUUUGCCAUCCAUAUGGGAUAAAUGUGCCGAUCGUAAUGUACAUUUGCCAACCGGUGCAUAUUUUGGACUACACCUUCUGCAAUUCUUCCCACAAAGCGCCUUUGUUCAUCACCGAUCCACGAUUUGAUGUGUUGUGUGCUAGGAUUGUCAAGUAUUACUCGUUGAAAAGAUUUGCAGAGGUGACGGGAAAGCCAUUGGAAGAAUGGGGGGCUGCACAUGAUGGUGCUAAUUUCCAUUACUCUUCUGGUAUGCAGGCUGUGAUGCUGGCUUUGGGAGUUUGUGAUAAAGUCAGUAUUCUUGGGUUUGGGAAAUCGGCUUCGGCUAAGCAUCACUAUCAUACUAAUCAGAAAGUAGAGCUUGCAUUACAUGACUAUGAGGCAGAGUAUGCCUUUUAUCGAGAUUUGGUUGAGAAGCCAUGGCAAGUACCCUUCAUUUCUGGCAAUUUCAAGAUUCCUCCUACGGUAAUAUACCAAUGAUUCUUUUGCCUGUUCAAUUUUUUAUGUUUGAUUUAGUUGGUUUUGUUCGUCAGCUUUGAAUUGAAUUGUUGUAUUCAUGUUGUACAAGCACAUGUUCUGUACCAAUUAAGGACCAAUCUGUCGAACAUUUUUGUUUCGUACUCUGGCCCUGUUCUAUCAAAGGUAGAUUGGGGUGAUACUAAAAAUGUACAAUUGCAAUCUAGGAAUAUGAUUCAAAGAUUUGGGCUCA